CUUUAUGGGAAGCUGUAACUAGUCUAGUUUUCGAUGGUAGAAUUUCAUCAGAAAAGUUGAAGACAUGCAAAAACUGCAUGAAAUUGGAGUGGUGAAUUCCAAAACAUUUAGUUUGGUUUGAACUUCUGAGAUUAGCUUCUCACAUUGAUGUGGAAAAGAAGACAGAACUGAGUUAAACUUGAACACAUAUUAAAGUGACAUUGACCAAAAGGUGUAACCACAUCAGAAGAAGCACCACCAAAGCAGAGACUGAACAGGACGAUGGAUUGCAACUUCUCAUUAAUCACUCUGCCAGAUGUUGAAGUGGAAAGUAAUGACACAUACAAUGACACAUACCUACCAAUAUUUUUAACAACCAUCUUGUCUCUUUCUGUCAGCCUUUUGGGAUUUGUAGGGAAUGGAAUUGUCAUCUGGCUUCUUGGUUUCUGCAUUAAGGAGAAUCCUUUCACAACCUACAUCUUGAACCUCUCCAUUGCUGAUUUUGGUGUGGUGACAGCUGUUGUUGCUCUUAAGAUAUUUUGGCUUGCAUAUAUGUUCGCCUUUGUAGAUUAUUUGUACCCCCUAAAGGCAUUCUUUGUCACUCUCUUCCUAUUCACAUUCAGCACUAGUCAGUUUCUGCUGUCACUCAUCAGCAUUGACCGGUGUGUCUGUGUCUUCUUUCCACUUUGGCAUCGAUGCCACCGGCCCCCACAUCUGUCCAUCAUUUUGUGUGCCAUAAUAUGGGUUUUCACCUUCCUGUUUUCUGUUAGUAGUGCAGUCCUCUCACUAACUACUGAAUAUUUUUACCUCUGGUACUACCAAUUGCUCCUAAAUGGCUUGAUUUGCACUCCAGUUAUGACCAUUUCCACUAUAGCACUCUUAAUCAAAAUCUGCAUCAUAUCACCACAAUACAAACGAGGGAAGCUGUUUACAGCCAUCUUGCUCACUCUUCUCUUCUUCCUCUUCUUUACAUUUCCAAUGAACAUCGCUGAGUACAUCUCAAAUUAUGUCCCUUAUUUAUAUAAUGCCUAUUUCAUUGAAUAUGCCCUCUUAGGGGCUUAUAUAAACAGUACUGUUAACCCUCUCAUCUAUUUCUUGAUAGGGAGAGAAAAGAGGGGUGGAUCUGGGGACAAACUAAAGAAAAUACUUGAGAAGCUUUUCAAGGAAGAUGAAGACAGCCCAGAGGAAAUGGAAUCCUCAGUCCAAACUCAGUUAUAGCACUGUUAUAUGAGUUUAAAUCAAGGGUGAAGACAAGGCAGCCCUGCAGAGACAUCCAGCUCCAAGGAAGUUUCAGCUGCCAUUCUGACUAUAUAUGACAAUUUUGUUUCUGGCACAUACACACAUACCCUAUAAAAAACAACACUGAAGUGUUGAAAGUGUCCAAGAUUGACAGCUCAUCUUUUAAUUAGGUUGUGCAGCAGGCUGCCCUACUGUAGAGAUGUAAUUGUUUGCAUAGUUUCAUCUGACAUCGAAGAACAAAUUCUGAAAAAUUGUUUCAGAAAAAUGUGGUAUUCACAUGCAGAAGAUGUGUGGGGUGUUUUUUGGGGGAGAGGGAGAAAAAAUAUUUUGCUUUGAUAAAAAAUGUUUUUCCCAGCACAUUUCAAAAAUGAAGUGGUUCCUCCUCCUCAGUGAAUUUUCUGCAAAAUAAAUGUUUUCUACCCCAGAAUUUGAUUUCUGUACAGGAAAACUUUUCUCUCAAUGAAAUCCUGAUUUGUGAUGAACAACUGAUUUCCUUCUCCUCACCUUCAGUGACAUCUUCAGUGUCAAGACAUUCUUUUUUCAUUGUGGGUUACAAACAUUAAUG